ACAAUGUGUGUAUUUAGGGUGUGUCGGGUCCUACACUCUGCUGAAUGGAACGUACACGGAACGGUGAGAGUGCUCUAUACUGCAUGGAAGCAGCUCCCAUCAGACCCCAGAAUAAACAACAUCCAUCCAUUCGCUAAUCGACUUCUAUCGGGAUGCAAAGAGACGCUCCAGGAUUUCCUUCACCAUGGACAGCUACCAGGUUCAAACUCCUAUGAGCCAGACAAGACCGUCCACAGCUGGGCUGAUUGAGAUUCAUGUCUAUCUUGUGCCAGAAGAACUCUGGAACCCCAAAUUAAAUAAAGUCACCAUAGAUGUGAUCUGGAGAUUCGUUUCACUUGGAUUCAUAAGGGUUCCCCCUGAUAUGAGGCUGCGGACCCUGCGAGAGAAUCUUGCCGAGUUCUUAGGGGAAGAUGCUGUAACAGAAAAAUUUGUGUUCUUAAAAUGCGUUGGAAGCAGUCUUGCUGUUGUAAAGGGAAGGCAAGAACCAGAACUGAAACUGAAAGCUUUUGCUCCACCUUAUGCCCGUGAACCAGAGUUGUAUCUUCUCCCUGGAGGCAGUAAUGAGGACAGUACAUACGGGUCAACUGUCACCCCUGAUCAGCACCAUUAUCACACUGACUACUCUGCAUCUGAUCACUUUGUCACCACUGUUACUGCCCCCACCUGGGACAAGCCGGAACUGCAGCCAGCUAAUGAGAACACUGUAACAGCAACACAGCCACCCCAGGAAGAUAAUUUUAGAAGGAGCUACAUCUGGAAUAAGAAGGGUCAGGAGAUUGUACCCAUCUCCAAUCAAAUCCAAUACCAUGUUCAAAUUGAAAACGGUGUAUUACCUCCAAUCGACUUAGGAAAAAUCACCAAUGUUCCCAAUAAAAGAUCAGAUGCCAACUACGAUGACACCAAGAAAUCUGUUAGAAACACGACUGGAGAUUCUGGGAUUGAGCAUUCCCUCCUAGGGGUGGAAACCGACCGCUCUCACCGCAAAAGUCAAGAAAGGCAUAUAGCAGGAAGCCCUGCAAAUGGUCAGCCCAGGAAUAAGCAUGACAAGUUUGGUGGUACUUCUUUUAGACCUGUAGCGGAGCCGACACAUUACAAGCCUCCUCCGUCCCCUCCACUUCUGCCAGAUUUCCCAACAAUUGAGCAACUAAAGCCCCAGAUCCCAGCACAUGACGAAACUGUUCUGGAGCAGCUAACCCGGGUAAGAGCAGAGCGGAUCCAGCUAGAGAAAUCACGGGAAGAAAUGAUAAAAAGAACCAAAGCAUUGCUGGAGCAACAAAAGCUCAGACGUCAGCAAGUGCGGGAUUCCUGGAAAAAGAAGUAUUUUGAGACUAAGAAAGUCACAUCUGCCCUGGAGGAGACUUUUAACAAGCUGAAUAAAGAGCUGGAGGCUUACUACCAGAAGCUUCUGGGACAGCUAGCAGCCCGAGACAGUAAGAAGCGUGCCAAGCACCCUACGUUGGCCGCCAAGUCCAAGAACUCUACAAUUAUAAAGAUAACCACUAAACAGCGUGAGCUUGAUGAGCUGAAGCGCAAGCUGGAGAACGCCCGGAUCAAGCUCCUCAUUGAAAUCAAGAUGAGGAAACAGGCAUCGUUGGAUCUGGAUGUGCUAAAAGCUGAAUUAGCCCAGAAGAAAGCCCAAUCUGGAAUAACCAGCCAACCAUUGUACUCAAUAUGAUGUCCCCUCCAUACUGAGUACACGGACAGUGAUAUAAUGAUCUACUCUUCCACUGACUGUACACUUUAUUUUCUGGUACAAUCUUCUUUAUUGUAGUAAGCACAACAACAAAACAGCCGAUCAUCCACGCAGGGGAACAGCACAAAAAAUUUGAUCUGAUUUUUUGGAAAUACAAAACAUCCCCUAAACGACCUAGGGGUACAAGCCGAAAGGCCACAUAUGUCGCCUAGGCCCUGAGGGUCUACUAAGGGAGCCCAUGGUUCAGGUGCACUAGUUUGUAUCUGGAUACCUCCGCCACAGGGGCCAAUAUGGAUAAGUAAAUUUAGGUAGGGUAAAUGCAAUAACUAUGACUUAGUCCACAGAAAUGCCCUAGGUCCUAGAGGAAAAAAAAGGGGGGGGGGGAGAGAAGAGAGGAGGAGUCCUGAUGGCUG